AUGGACCAGGCCUUGGACAUGGCUCGUCUCGCCCUGAGAACCAAUGAAACGCCGGUAGGCUGUGUUCUCGUCUACAACGGAUCUGUCAUCGCGAGAGGCAUGAACGCGACCAACGUGACGCGGAAUGGCACCCGACACGCCGAAUUCAUGGCAUUAUCUGCUCUACUGUCCUAUCGACCCAACAAUAGCGAAGAGGCAAUCGAUGCUCAGCUUCGCCAGCAAGCCAGCGAACGGUCUAAAGGAGACGUGCCAGACGACGAAUCGGACUUGUUCCCUAUGGACGAUGACUAUGUCAGAAAGGGUCAUUUGUAUCCCUAUGGACAGAAGCUCCAUCGUGCCACGCGAGUUGACCGCUCUGUUGUGAGGGAGUGCACUCUCUACGUCACGGUCGAACCUUGUGUCAUGUGCGCCGGUCUCCUUCGACAACUCGGUAUCAAGAAGGUCUACUUUGGUGCCGUCAACGACAAGUUUGGCGGCACGGGAGGUGUCUUUAGCAUCCAUAAGAACUCGACAGACACUCGCCAGGAUCCCAACCCCGUCACUGUUCUUAGACCCCUCCAGACUUCCACAAACGCUUGCAACUUGCCCCGACCGGUAAGCUCGUCAUCUGGCAAGAGUUCGUUGAAUAACGGUCGCCCAACAAGCCAAAGGGGCGAUGGCGGCAAUGUCGAGCCGGGCUUCGAAGCAGAGGGUGGCUGGGGUCGAGACGAAGCUGUUAGCUUGCUUCGACGUUUCUAUGUCCAGGAAAACGGCAGAGCACCUGUGCCUCGUAAAAAAGAGGGUCGUGCCGCCAGACUUGCCGCGAUGGAACAGGGUGACAGCGACGCCGGAACACCCAUGCCUCCUCAGUCUUCCGACGGCGAUGCUAAUGAGGGAACUGAAGCCCACAAUAAUGAUAUCGCUGCUCCUAAUGAGGAUGAUGACACUGUCAAGACUUGA